CUCCACCAACGGAAUGAGCCGCACAGGGUGAAAUGGCACCCACAACAACAAAGGGGGCAGAGCCGCCAACUCUGACAAUGCCCAGUGGUGAUCGACAACAUCCGCUCAGCCGUCCCACCUCACUGGAGUCGUUGGGCGCCGUGUUGGUUGUUUCCUCUGUGGGGAGCUGAAAUGCCGACUCGCCGACCGGGAAGAACCCUGUGCAUUCAGGAACAAAGAAACCGCCGGCAUUUCAGUCCGGACCCAAGCGGAUGGGGCCGGCUCCACGAUGUUGGAGAGAGGCUAUUGACGGCGUGUUUCCGGCUUUCUCGCUCCAUCUCGCUCGGGACUUGGAUCAUUGAUGUGAAACAAAGUUGCUUGGCUGGACCAACUCACACAGCUCGGGACCAAAUAUCGACGAGAUUACUGGGCCUUGGGUAUCAGGCGUCUGCGUUGGGAGUUGUCAGUGCAAUCGUACGUUGGGGCUCUGCUUCUGGUGACGUCGGCCCUCAGCCGCAUGCAAGGGGAAGACGCGCAUGUGCUUCCCGACACAGUCGGUCCCAGGAUUCGGGGCGUCGAUCAUGAUAGGAACAGGCAAAUGAUGGCACCCUUUCUAACGUUAGUACCUCAUGGCCAAGGGUAAGGUUGCAUUGGCCUGGUGCGUUUCAUCUAGCCAACAACACGAG